UCUCUCUCUCUCUCUCUCUCUCUCUCUCUCUCUCUCUCUCUCUCUCUCUCUCUCUCUCUCUCUCUUAAUGCUUUCGUCAUUACAGAGUAUAGAGACUGACACUAUUCUUUGACUUCAGACACUAACUACUCACUUCCCUAACUAAACAGUUCCCACACACUUCAAGAAUCACACCUUUGCCACUCCUCCGGGCAACAACAAUGAUCACAUGGCACGACCUCUACACAGUCCUCACAGCCGUGAUCCCACUCUACGUCGCCAUGAUCCUCGCAUACGGCUCCGUCCGCUGGUGGAAAAUCUUCUCACCGGACCAAUGCUCCGGAAUAAACCGCUUCGUCGCGAUAUUCGCCGUCCCUCUCCUCUCCUUCCACUUCAUCUCCACCAACAACCCUUACGCCAUGAACCUCCGCUUCAUCGCCGCCGACACGCUCCAGAAACUCAUCAUGCUCACUCUCCUAACCCUCUGGGCCAACUUCACACGCUCGGGCUCUCUCGAGUGGAGCAUCACCAUCUUCUCCCUCUCCACUCUCCCCAACACGCUCGUCAUGGGCAUCCCUCUGCUCAUCGCAAUGUACGGAGAGUACUCAGGCUCGCUCAUGGUGCAAGUCGUUGUUCUACAGUGUAUAAUCUGGUACACGCUUCUCCUCUUCUUGUUUGAGUACAGAGGAGCCAAGAUUCUGAUCAUGGAGCAGUUCCCGGAAACAGGGGCUUCGAUAGUUUCGUUUAAAGUAGAGUCUGACGUCGUUUCUUUGGACGGGAAUGAUUUUCUUGAAACGGACGCUGAGAUUGGUGACGACGGGAAGUUACACGUGAUGGUUAGGAAGUCAAACGCUUCCCGGAAAUCUUUUUGUGGUGCUAGUAUGACUCCAAGGCCGUCGAAUCUCACUGGAGCUGAGAUUUAUAGUCUUAGCACGACGCCAAGAGGUUCUAACUUUAAUCAUUCUGAUUUUUAUUCGGUGAUGGGGUUUUCCGGUGGCCGGUUGUCGAACUUUGGUCCCGCGGAUAUGUACUCUGUUCAGUCGUCGAGGGGGCCUACUCCAAGGCCUUCGAAUUUUGAUGAGAGUUGUGGUGGUAUGGCUUCUUCUCCUAGGUUCGGGUAUUAUCCGGGUCCAGCCGGGUCGUACCCGGCUCCGAACCCGGAGUUUUCCACCUCCGGUGCUGGUAAAAGCCAGCAUACCGGAGGGAAAUCGAAAAGUCAUGAUGCUAAGGAGCUUCAUAUGUUUGUUUGGGGGUCCAACGGGUCACCCGUUUCGGAUAGACCGGGUCUUCAAGUAUCCGGUGGAGUUAGUGAGCAAGCCGGAGUAUCUGAGCAGGGAGCAAAGGAGAUCCGAAUGUUAGUCUCUGAUCCUCCAGCAGCUGCUCAGGUGAAUGGAGACUUUGGGGUCCAUGAAGAGUCAGAUAAGGUGAAGGAAGUGCCAAACGGGCUACACAAGCUUAGGUGUAACUCAACAGCGGAGCUAAACCCAAAAGAAGCGGUGGAAACUGGUGAAACCGGACCGGGAAAACAUAUGCCGCCAGCGAGUGUGAUGACUCGACUGAUACUGAUAAUGGUGUGGAGGAAACUGAUCAGGAACCCAAACACUUACUCUAGUCUCAUUGGUCUUAUUUGGGCUCUGGUUGCUUUCAGGUGGAAUGUAGCAAUGCCUAAAAUCAUUCAAGGAUCAAUCUCAAUUCUCUCUGAUGCUGGUCUUGGUAUGGCAAUGUUCAGUUUGGGGUUGUUCAUGGCGUUGCAACCUAAGUUAAUCGCUUGCGGAAAUUCUACGGCAACUUUUGCAAUGGCGGUGAGGUUCUUGACUGGACCAGCAGUGAUGGCCGUUGCAGCCAUGGCUAUUGGACUACGUGGAGAUCUAUUACGCGUGGCCAUAGUUCAAGCUGCAUUGCCUCAAGGAAUCGUGCCAUUUGUCUUUGCAAAAGAAUAUAAUGUUCAUCCAGCUAUCUUAAGUACAGGGGUAAUAUUUGGGAUGCUUAUCGCACUACCGAUCACACUUGUUUACUACAUUCUACUCGGGCUGUAAUUGAGAAGUUUUUCUUCAGAGAAAACAAGAUUGUUCCAAGUUUAGUGGAACAAAACUUGAGAACGUAAACACAAGAGGUUUAGUAGAGUUAGUGACCAUGAUUUGAUUUGAGGAUCCAAAGCCCUUUUCUUGUCAAUGCUUUCCUAUGGAUUAUUUCAAAAAGAGUAGGAUGACUAUGAGAGAGACAAGCGACGGGAAACAAGGGCAACUACACAAAAGCAACCAACAAAAAGGAAAAAAAGAGUGAUGAGAUAUUUGAUUUUUGAAUUUCUCUCUUUUACUGCCUUAUGUGUUCUGUAUUAGGUAGGCAUUGCGCUAGUGUUAAAACGUUUCAGGUCUUUGUUACUCUGUACGCUGUUUUUAUGGAAAGUAUGCUUUUGAAUGUUACCACUUUUUUACUAUUAGUCUACUCUGUUUGACAGUGAAAAACUUUUAUAGAAAAU